GAGGGUGUAAAGAAUCAGCCCGCAGCUGAAACUUCCAUUGGGAUGACAGCUGAUGGCGCCGUGGCGUAGAUGACCAGCAGGAACGGAUCAUUUGCAAUGUGUGAGCCGAGUAAUGACAGGCAGAAGAAAACUCCUACCGCCCUGAUCCGAUGUCUUGUUUCGUAUAAGCCACAUGAAACGUUCAAACGAUACAAACGUAAUGGCAAAAGGGAAACUGGCUCACAAGCAUCAACUGGAAAUUGAAAGUUCCCUUGGGUUUCCUUGGUCGCGACUUUUCAAGGCUGUAAAACCACUUCGAGGUCAUUUGUGAUCACAUAGGUAAUGAGUGAACAUGGAGGCUGGAACGGUGGUGCGUGCCGUCUUCGAGUUCCUCCCGAGCGUAUCUGAAGAACUGCCUCUGUUUACUGGAGAUGUCAUUGAAGUGGUCAGUGUUGUUGAUGAAUUUUGGCUGCUCGGAAUCAAAGAUGGAGUCACAGGCCAGUUUCCCAGCACUUUUGUGGAACCUGUUACAAUCCCAAGCACCAAGACAGGAGAGAAUCUCUAUGUGUGCAUCAAUGGCUUAAACUCGGUGGAGCCUGGACAAUUACCAUUAAAGAGAGGUGAUGUGGUUGCUGCUGAAAGCACUGUGGAUGUGGUGUGGAUGAGAGGGCAUAAUGCGUGGGGCUCAUGUGGACUCUUCCCCACGUCAUGUGUUAAAGAGCUGGAGCUUUCAGGUCGAUCCAGACAGCUGUCAGAGCGCAGUGCGGCUGCCCAGGCCUCUGAACUCCCCCCACAUGCACUUGGCCAGGCCUGUGCUCUCAUGAGCCUCCACGCACAACUGGAUGAGGAGCUGGACUUCCGAGAGGGUGACGUCAUUACAAUCGUCGGCCUACCAGAGCAUGGCUGGUUCCAGGGUGAGCUGGAUGGCAGAACUGGUGUUUUUCCUGAGGGCUUUGUGGAGCUGCUCGGACCCCUGCGUUCACCAUUGGAGGAGCCUGAACCUGAAAGCCUGGAACAGUACCCGGCUUACAUCGUAGAAGAAGAAGAAGAAGAAGAAAGAAGGGAAGAGAAAGAGAGAGAUGAGGAAAAUCCUGAAUUGGAGAUUCAGCAAGAGCAAGAGGAAGAGGUAGGAGCUCUAUAUGGUGUUGCGUUGUAUGAAUUCCGGGCUAUUGAGCCUGGCGAGCUGGACUUUGAUGUAGGAGAUAGGAUCCGAAUCCUGGCGACACUAGAGGAUGGCUGGUUGGAGGGGCAAAUACAUGGCAGAAGAGGAGUUUUCCCCCAUCGAUUUGUCAAGAUGGAGGGGCAGCUGCAGGCUGUACCUCAAACUGAGACAUUAAUUAAUGAAAUCAGUGUACCUGAGAGAGAGGAAGAGGAGUGCUGUACUCCUGAUGAAAACCUGGCUCUUCAGGAUCACACAGUGCCAGAAUACGGCCAAGAGUGGGCAACUCCGGAGGACCAUACUGUUUGGGACCUGGAUUACUUUGAACGCAGGGAGGAGGAAAUAAAGGAAGACAAUGUUAGCUACACACACUUUGAUAGCAGUCCUCAAGACAGAGUAGCGAUUCAAAAUCAACCACAUGUUAAAAAACGAAGGAUUGAGAGACCUCCACCCCCUCAUGCCCAACCACAUAGAGUUAGUAGCUCAGCCCAACGAGCUGUCCAAAGGACCAAUACAGGUAGCCCCACUUUUGGUAGACCCCAGUUGCCACCUAGGCCCAGUCCACAGGCUCUCAAUAAAAGACAAUACAGCACAAGUUCCCAUAUCAGUUUACAAGAUCCUCCCCCUGCACCCAUCACAAGGAACCAAAGUCUGGCCCCAUCCACCAGAACGCCACCUAAUUCCACGUGGACAAGAAACAAUGGCCACUAUGCCUCUCAUAAUUGUAAAAUCUCGGCACGUUCGGGUCAGAAGAACAGGGAGAAGUUGACUCGACAUGCAAGUGUCAGCGAUGCUGACUUAAUCUCUGGUGGCCACAGGGACCACUGGGAAUGGUCUCAGGGACAGAGCUCAAAUGGGUUGCCAACUUCUCAGACACUUGGGACUCUGGCUGUAUCCGCUGGGGUUCUUGAAGCCAAGCUUUCCCAGCAGCUGACAGAGUUUGAAAGGAGUUUGCCGGGUCAUGGCAAUGGAGCCACAGAACAAAAUAGAUGGGAGGAUGUUAGUGGCGGAUACGGCAACAAAGUUUCCCGCCAUUUCUCUAUUAUGGACUACAGCAGUGAGAACGACAUAAUCCAUGGCUCAUCACACUCCUCAAUGGACCGUCUGUCCCCUUCCACUUCCUCCCCCUCUGGCUCUGCCUCCUCCUCUUUAGAGAGACGGAAAACGUUACGCCCGCCGCCUCCUCGGCCACGGGUCUUAAGGCCACCGGCUCCUACAAACUUGCAUUGUCUUUCCACCAAUGGUCGCAUUACUUCUCAACCUUAUAGGCCUGCGCCCCCAGCGCCACGCCCACCUCCUCCCUGCCCCCGCACCAGCACCGUGACACCUUGUCCUCCUCCACCCACCUCCAACCCCUUCAACACCUUGCCAGAUGAAGAAGAGAUAGUUGAAGAGGUGGAGGAGGCAGAAGAUGCACUGGAGAAAGAGAUGGAGAGAGAAAGGGAGAGGGAACAGGAGCAAAACAGGUUGCUCCUGAGGUUGGAGGAGGUGGAGAGGGACAUUGAUAUGUACUCUCACACAGCCCAGGAGCUGCAGGCCAUGCUGGAAGAGGAGCAAGAUGAGCCCGCAAGACAACAGGCUCUGGAGAAUCUGGAGUUCUGCACCUACUCCAUGGAGACACUUACUCUAGAACAGCAGCAGCUGCAAGAGAUGACCCUGCUUGCCUCCCUGCCUAAGUCUCUGGAAUCUUCCCCUGCUUCAGCUGCCACCACUGAAGACCCUGAACAGAGGAUGCUGGAGAAAAGGUCAAAAGUCAUUGAGGAGCUUCUGCAGACUGAGCAUGACUACAUCAAGGACCUUCAAAUGUGUGUGAAGGAGAUCAUUCUACCGCUGCAGAAAAAGCAGGUCCAGAGUAUUGAUUUUGAUGGUCUCUUUGGAAACAAUAACUCCGUAAUUGACCUUUCUUGCCGACUCUACAAGACCCUCCAGGACACAGACUCAAUAGGUCAAGUGUUCCUAGACUACAAAGGUGAGUUGGAAGAGGUUUACAAGAUCUAUUGCCAAAAUCACGAUGAUGCCAUCUCUUUACUGGAGACCUACGAGAAGGACGAGAACAUCCAGAAGCACAUACUGGAGUGUUUGGAGAAGCUCAGAGGGAUAUACCGAGAGUGGGGAAAGACAAACUACAUUAAUCUGGGUUCAUUCUUGAUAAAGCCAGUGCAGAGAGUAAUGCGUUACCCCCUGCUCCUCAUGGAAUUGCUCAACACCACUCCAGAGUCGCAUCAUGACAGGAAGCAACUCGCUGAGGCAGUGAUGUCCAUUAAAGAGAUUAAUGUCAAUAUCAACGAAUUCAAAAGGAGAAAGGACCUUGUGGUGAAGUACCGCAAAGGGGAUGAAAACCGACUCAUUGACAAGAUCUCAAAGUUGAGCAUGCACUCCAUCAUCAAGAAGUCAAACAGAGUUAGCAGCCAUCUCAAGCAUCUGACUGGGAUUUCAGCUCAGAUCAAAGAUGAAGCUUUCGAUGAUGCAGAGAAAAUAUUUAGACUCCAGGAGCGACUGAUCAAGUCCUUCAUCAGGGACAUCUCCCUCUAUCUGCAGCACAUUCGGGAGUCCGCUUCAGUGAAGGUGCUAGCUGCCAUCAGUUUCUGUGACAUCUACACAGAGCGGCAACAGCAGAUGGACCCCGAAAGUUUCCAGAGAGCACAUCGCUGCAUCAGUGACAAACAGUUUACUGAGUUUAAGGAGAGGACAGAAGCUCUAGUCAUCACUCCACUCACCCAGCUGCUCAGUAUGUUCGCUGGGCCGCAUAAACUCAUCCAGAAGCGUCGAGACAAGCUGCUAGAUUACGACAACUGUAAGGAGCGUGCUGAGAGACUGAAGGACAAGCGUGUGCAGGAGGAACUGCAGACUGCGCGGAAUAACUACGAAGCUUUAAAUGCCCAGCUGCUGGAUGAGCUGCCCAAAUUUCACCUCGCAUCCGAAGAACUGUUCACCAGCUGUGUACGGGGCUUCGCCCAAGCCCAGAGAGAUUUCAUUGCGCUCACAUUGGGGGAACUCGCACCACUGCUGAAGCUGUCUGGUUUGAGUGGCACAGAAGGGAAUCUGGUGUCCUUAUUUCAAGAAGAGCACACUAAGGUGUUAGAUUUGCUUCAGAGCUUCAGUUUCUUCCCCGACAACCUUCCCACUACUGUACGCAAGCCCUUUGAAAAGAAGACGCUGGAAAAACAGAACUCAAAGAAACAGCAAGGCCCUCCAAACUACGUGCUACAGACGGAUGAGCACAGAGCCGGGCUUCUGGUGAGAUACGGGCCAGAGAAACUCUACCAGGCUGAUAGGAACUUUAACGCAGCACAGGAUCUGGAUGUGUCCAUAUUGGAGGGAGACAUCGUGGGUGUCAUCAAGCAGCAAGACCCCAUGGGCAGCCAGAACCGCUGGCUAAUAGACAAUGGAGUUACUAAGGGCUUUGUGUAUAGUUCCUUCCUAAAGCCCUACAACCCACGCAGGAGUCAUUCGGAUGUCUCCAUUGAGAGUCGGUCAUCGAAUGAGUCGGGUUACGGUGGCUCCUCCUCCCCCAUGUUCUCACGACAGAAUAGCAAUUGCACUCUGACUUUCAACCAAGACACAUCAACUGUCAGCUUUUCAACGGCAACACCUCUGAACCAAGCACACACUCGCCUGAGUCAGGACAUCACCCCCAGGAAAAACCGAGAGUUUACGUCCACCAAUCAGAGGGAUUCUGUCAAGCCCGCCAUCAGAAACUCCCCAAAUCACAAAGAAUUGUCUGAGACAGCCUAUAGAAAUACUGCAAAUAACAGGGACUAUGAAUAUUCUUACAGAAAUCCCAGCAAUCACAGAGACUCUUCAGACUCUGGCCAGAAUACUCCAACCAAUCACAGAGACCCCUCAGACUCUGAGACAGACUGUUCCUCCAGUAAUAAUUCCAGAUUUGACUCAUCUUUGAGGCACAACAGUUCAUGUGGUUCUUAUGGCUCACAGCAGAGACGAAAUGGAGACUAUUUGGAACAGCAGAGGAAGCCACAGUACCCUCCUGAAGAAUAUAUAGAUCCAGAGCCUGAUCCCGAACUGGAUGGCCACCAGAUUUAUUAUGCUCUCUACUCGUUCAGUGCACGGUGUGCAAAUGAGCUAAGCAUAUCAGCCAAUCAGCAGGUUCGAAUCCUUGAGUUCCAAGACAUGAAUGGCAACCAGGAGUGGUGGCUGGGUGAGGCAGGAGGACGGAGGGGUUACGUCCCAUCCAACUACAUUCGCAAAUCAGAGUACACAUGAGCUGCAACAUUUGUACUUCCAGAGCCCUACAGCUACCCUAGACUACUACUAGCCAACUCAAUAAGGGGGGAAACACUGCAAAAGUAUGUGUGCCUUAACUAUAGUGGAGAUGCACUGAUGUGGUGAACUGAUCGAUGCUACUGAUGGGAAGAAAAUAUUUUCCUCUAUGACGACUAUUUAAAACUACAGAAGUCUCAGACUCAUGGAACUGCUGAGUGCCUCCUAGUGGCCAAAUAUGGACCAGCAGAGGACUGUGCAUGUGGAUUUGAAGUAAUGGAGUGAAGUGAACAAAGAAAAAGUUUGGACUGAGACCAUUUUGGUUGGAGAAAUUCUGAAAGUAGUCUGACAUGUCCUGCUGUUCUUGGGCACUUUAUUUACAGUUGAAUUCAGAAGUUUACAUACACCUUACCCAAAUACAUUUAAACUCAGUUUUUCACAAUUGCUGACAUUUAAUUAUAGAAAACAUUCCCGGUCUUAGGUCAGUUAGGAUCACUACUUUAUUUUAAGACUGUGAAAUGUCAGAAUAAUAGUAGAGAGAAUUAUUUAUUUCAGAUUUUAUUUCUUUCAUCACAUUCCCAGUGGGGCAGAAGUUUACAUACACUUUGUUAGUAUUUGGUAACAUUGCCUUUAAAUUGUUUAACUUGGGUCAGAUGUUUUGGGUAGCCUUCCACAAGCUUCUCAAAAUAGUUGCUGGAAUUGUGGUCCAUUCCUCCAGACAGAACUGAUGUAACUGAGUCAGGUUUGUAGGCCUCCUUGCUCGCACAUGCUUUUUCAGUUCGGCCCACAAAUUUUCGAAUUUUCUACUGGCCACUCCAAUACCUUGACUUUGUUUGUCCUUAAGCCAUUUUACCACAACUAUGGAGGUAUGCUUGGGAUCAUUGUCAAUUUGGAAGACCCAUGUCUUGAGACGUUGCUUUGAUAUUUACACGUAAUUGUCCUUCCUCAUGAUGCCAUCUAUUUUGUGAAGUGCACCAGUCCCUCCUACAGCAAAGCACCCCCACAACAUAAUGCUGCCACCCCCAUGCUUCAAGGUUGGGAUGGUGUUCUCUGGCUUGCAAACCUCACCCUUUUUCUCCAAACAUAACUAUGGCCAUUAUGGCCAAACAGUAACAUUUUUGAUUCAUCAGACCAGAGGACUUUUCUCCAAAAAGUAAGAUAUUGUCCCCAUGUGCACUUUCAAAUGUAUUUUGGCUUUUUUAUGGUGGUUUUGGAGCAGUGGCUUCUUCCUUGCUGAGCAGCCAUUCAGGUUAUGUCGAUAUAGGACUCAUUUUACUGUGGAUAUAGAUACUUUUCUACCUGUUUUCUCCAGCAUUUCCUGUUUCCUCACAAUGUCCUUUGCUGUUGUUCUGGAAUUGAUUUGCUCUUUUUGCACCAAACUACGUUCAUAUCUAGGAGACAGAAUGCAUCUCCUUCCUGAGUGGUAUGAUGGCUGCGUGGUCCCAUGGUGUUUAAAUUUGUGUACUAUUGUUUGUACAUAUGAACGUGGUACCUUCAGGCAUUUGGAAAUUGUUCCCAAGGAUGAACCAGUAGUUUGAAGGUAGGCCAUCCACAGGUACACCUCCAAAUGACUCCAAUUAGCCUUUCAGAAUCUAAUUGCCAAAAGGCUUGACAUCAUUUUAUGGAAUUUUCCAAACUCCUUAAAGGCACAGUUAACUUAGUGUGUGUAAACUUUUGACGCACUGAAAUUGUGAUAUAGUCAAUUAAAAGUUAAACAAUCUGCCUGUAAACAAUUUGAUGGAAAAAUUACCUGUGUCAUGCACAAAGUAGAUGUCCUAAACGACUUGCCAAAACUAUAGUUUGCUAACAUGAAAUUUGUGAACUGGUUAAAAAAAAAUUGUUUUAAUGACUUUAACCUAAGUGUAUGUAAACUUCUUCAACUGUAUAGUGUCUUAGCGCUUAAAUGCUCUGUAUGGAGCGUAGAUCUCUUAUGUUUAAGAGUUGAGUACUUGUAUUGGCAUGUGCGAAUGACACUGUAAAGCGACUUUGAGGUUCCAGUACUGGCAUGAAGUGAGUGAAUGAGUGUUUGUUUGUGUGCUACUGAGAUACAAAUGCAUUUGGUUGAAUGUUUGCUGUGGUGUGCCAAGACAGAGAAAAAAAAACUGUCUGGAUUUUAACAUAUGCGAACACACUUUGGAUUUAAUCCCCAUCAUGGCUCUUCGAUCAUAAUGAUAUUAUCGCUGGUGAACAUUUAACUUUCCUGAAAAUAUAAAUGGAAUGAAAGCGGCACUUUUAUAAGGUACAGUGCUUAUUUUUUGUUUUUACUUUUUGAUAGCAUUUUUCACUUGCACUUGUGAAUGGAUUUACAAGUUAAUUUUGACAUGUUUUGAGCUUUUAUGAGUAAGUUAAUCAGGGCACCAGUGAGCUCAUUUUGAUGUGUUCCACCAAGAGAAUAUGAUCUUGUCACAUUUAUCUCUUAUGCUGUAAAUACUAAGAAUGUAUUUCUGCACUCCUAGUAUCAGCUGAUCUGUUUCUCCUCUUUUGAAUAAAACGA